AUGUACGGCGCCACAGGCGGUGCCAAAGUCAAGAAUCGCGAAGGCGUCCCGGCUCCUGACCAAAUGCGUGUGGGUUCAUGCCGCGCUCUGUACAUUCCUAAGCACAACGGCAAUAUGAAGGGCGUGCUACCGGUUUAUGACUUCACCCAGGGCUAUAGUGACAAGCUCCGGGACGAGAACAUUGGGAGCGACAAGUGGAGAUAUACACUGGGCUUGAUGAGGAAGCCUCAAGGGGAUGGGAAAGACGGUGCGGAAGUUGCGUACUUGGUGGAUGUGGAAGAGUUCAACAAUGCUGCUGAAAAGCAGGUGAUCAACUGGCAGAUCCACCCCGUCGAGCACGGGCCGCUGCGGUAUACCCUCGUCGAGCUGCCAUCGCCUGACCAAGACGCAUCGGCUGUUGAGCCGGAGAACCAGCACCGCAUCAAGGCCAUCUACCACAACGUCGGAGUAGGAACGUCGCUGGUGCAACCGUUCAGCGAGGGUGUGCUGCUCCUGCCAGCGAGCAGGGUCAUGGAUGCAGAUCCAGAGACUGUGGUUUUGACGAGCUUGAUAGGGCUGUUGUGGAAGGCCCGGGGAGUACCAACGGUGAAGUUAGACGUGCCGGCUGCGAGAGAGGACUUUACAAAACCGAAGUCUAGGAAGAGCGGGAGCUUCUUUAGGAAAUCAUGGAACGACAAGAGGGAGGAUGAUGUGAUACGGUAG